AUGCUUACCAAGCUCUUCGCCCUCACCAGCGUCCUUGCUGCCCUUGCCGCUGCCGCUCCGCUUGCUCCUGGUGAGAGCUACAUCGGCAAGUUCAUCCCCCUGUACAGCGGUGCCACACCGCCGGACACGCCGCGCAUGUGCAUGGCGGUCUCGGAGAACAACGUCCAGAACGAGCUUCCUGUUGUAAUCGCCGAAUGCGACCAGUCCAAGAAGCAGCAGUGGCAGUUCCAGGGUUUCAGCGGCAACCUAUUUGCCGUGGGGUUCGAGAAGCACUGCCUGGACGCUGGCGACAGCCCGUCGGACGGGUCCAAGCUCCAGCUGCGCGAGUGCGCUCUCAUCCCCCAGCAGACCUGGACGCCCAAUGGUGAGAGCACGUUCAAGCUCAGCGAGACCGACCUCUGCAUCGACCUCACCGACGGUAACGUGGCGGACGGCACGCAGCUCCAGGUCUGGACUUGUGACUACCGAAAUGUCAACCAGCAGUGGAGGACUCCGUCGUAG